AAACUUGGCCCCGCCCCUUACGUUAGCCAACCUAUCCCGCGGUGGAGCGUCCGCGGUUGGUCUGAUAGGAGCACUUGGCCUGAAGGUCUGGGCGGAUUAUUGGGUACCAGCGGAGAUGGCGGCGGCCGCAGCGAGCCGGGGGAUCCGGGCCAAAUUGGGCCUGCGUGAGAUUCGCAUCCACUUAUGCCAGCGGUCGCCCGGCAGUCAGGGCGUCAGGGACUUCAUCGAAAAACGUUACGUGGAGCUGAAGAAGGCGAACCCGGACCUGCCCAUCCUAAUCCGCGAAUGCUCCGAUGUGCAACCCAAGCUCUGGGCCCGCUACGCAUUUGGCCAAGAGAAGAAUGUCUCUUUGAACAACUUCAGUGCUGAUCAGGUAACCAGAGCCCUGGAGAAUGUGCUAAGUGGCAAAGCCUGAAGCCUCCACUUAGGAUUAAGAGCAACAGCCCCAAAGCCUGGGUUUUGCUGGACUGAGUAUAAUGUGGAGAAAUGUGUUCCUCUGUUCUUUAUAAAGCUUGUGUUGAAAAUGCUGUCUCAGGAUGUUCUGUUUCUCAUUCCACCAGCUACCCCCUUCUUCGGCAAAGCAGUUGAGACAAAGCAAUUGAAUAUAAAAAUAAACUUAUUUUAUUCUGUCCCAUCAAAA